UGCCGCCUUGCACGUCGCGGUCGUUGGGGGAAGAGAGUAAAUAGAGAGAAGCCUCUCAAGAUGGCUGACUCGCUGGGCUCCGCUCAACCCACCGGAGCGGCUACUGCUGCUCCAGUUGCCCCGACGGAGACCAAAGGAGCCCCCGAGAACCGCGCUCAGUCUUCGCGGGAUUUCAACGCACCGCCGCCCAAGAAACAGAAGAAACUCUGCAGAGAGGCGGGAGCGGGAGGCGGCGGAGAGAAACUCCUGCAGCCCUGCAAGCAGCAGAGUUACGGCGGGAGGAGCAACAACAACCCUCCGGUGCCCGUUACCGGAGGACCCCAGACACACAAAGUGUUCAAACAGAGCGACUUCUUCCUGCACAAAGCGCCUGCUUCCUUCAGCAAGAACAAGAAGCAGAGCAGAGAUAAACCGCAGGAGAAGGAGAGGGAGAAUGGGAAAGGAGAGGAGGAGGAGGAGGAGGAGAGGAGGCUGCUGGUGGUGACCUCCGGACCCGGGGGUGACAACAACCACCACCACCACGGCGUCAGCAGACACAACAACACCUCCGCCGGGAAGAGGGAGAACGGGGAGGUCAUGCUGCCUCCCAAAGAGCACUCCGACAAGGCGAAAGAGAGAGGCCGAGAGGAGAGGGAGAAGACCAAGGUCAAAGACCGAGAGAAAGAAAAGGAGAAGAAGAAGCACAAAGUGAUAAACGAGAUCAAGAGGGAGAACGGAGAAGUCAAGCAGCCGAUUAAAGAUGAAAACGAGAAAGCGAAGAUCAACUCCGAGGAGCUGCAAAUCAAAAAGGUGAAGAAGAAAAAGAAGAAGAAACACAAAGAGGGGGAGAAGCACAAACGAGUGAAGAUGUACCACCGCUCCUGCCAAACCGUGUGUGCUGGCCUACAUCUCCUCCCUUCAUCCUCUCCACCUCCCACCUCUUCUUCCUCACCCUCUGAUCCCACUCAUAACUCCCCCCUGUCUCCAUUUAAGUCCCCUCUACCGGUUUACCCUCAACCCAACAACAAAACCACACAACUCUUACCUUCAUCUUCUCCUCUUUCCCCUAAAUCCCCCUUUAACUCCUCUCCCCUCAACUGUCCCAACUUCCCAUCGUCCUCCAUGAAGACGCCGCAACCUUCCCAAACCAAACACCAGCCGCAGGGCGCCUACCCGGGCAUGGCGGGCCUGGAGUUCGCUUCAUACAUCCACAUAGAGAACCAACCAAACGGAGGAGCCCUUGUGGCCCACGCCUACACAUCCCAGCUGUCCUCUCUCUCCGUGAGCCAGAGGCAGAGAUUUGCCCAGGAGUUUGUCACCUUGGCUUUCAGUGAGGACUCAUCCCAGGCAGCUCAUUACGUCAUGGGGAUUGUCCACGGGGAAGCCGGCUACCUGCCUGACUUCUUGGACUACUUCUCAACCAAGUUCCCAUCAGCUCCGGUCAAAAUAGAAAUACUGGGCAAGAAGGACAUCGAAACCACCACUAUGGCUAAUUUCUACUCUCAGGUGAAGAAAACGUACAGUAAUGGAACAUACAGAGCCGGGGCAAUGAGACAGAUCAGCCUGGUUGGCGCCGUGGACGAGGAGGUCGGGGAUUAUUUCCCAGAAUUCCUUGGCAUGCUGGAGGAGUCGCCCUUCCUGAAGCGGACUCUUCCGUGGGGAACCUUCUCCAGUCUGAGUCUGAUGAGUCCCGCAGAGAGUGACGACGGUCCUAUAAUGUGGGUCAGACCGGGAGAACAGAUGAUACCUGUAGCUGAUAUACCAAAGUCACCUUUCAAAAGAAAACGCUCCACCAACGAGGUGAAGAACCUGCUGCAGUCGCUGCCCAGGACCAGCGAGCCCAGAGAGAUGCUGUUUGAGGAUCGGACUCGGGCCCACGCAGAUCACAUCGGUCAGGGUUUUGAGCGACAGACCACAGCAGCAGUCGGGGUGCUGAAGGCUGUACGGGCCGGAGGAAGCUCGGAGCUUCCUCGUGUAACCAAAGACGUCGUGUGUUUCCAUGCUGGUGAUUUCCCUCAUGUAGUUCAGAGGCUGCAGUUGGACCUUUACGAACCUCCGCUGUCUCAGUGUGUGCAGUGGGUGGAUGACGCCAAACUGAACCAGAUGCGCCGCGAGGGCAUCCACUACGCUCGCAUCCGCCUGUGCCACAACGACAUCUACUUCAUCCCUCGCAACGUGGUCCACCAGUUCAAGACGGUGUCGUCUGUCUGCAGCCUGGCAUGGCACGUCCGCUUAAGACAGUACCACGAUGGAGGGGGAGAAGAGCAGCAGCAGGAGGAGGAGGUGGUGAAGGAAGAGGAGGAGGAGGAGGAGGAGCAGAUUCAGUUGAAAGAGAAGAAGAGGAAAACGGUGGAGGAAGAGGAGGAGAGGAGAGAAAAGAAGAGUGAGAAAGCAGUGAAGGAGAGGAUAAAGGAGGAGGUUGACGUGGCAGAAAACAGGACGUUCCCGGCUGUCAAAAAGGAGGAACAGGAUCAUCACCCAGCUGUCUUUCCUCCGCCCGCUCGCUCAGUGGACUCCAACUCCUGCAGCGCUAGAGACAAAGAGGUGGAGAACCAAAGGGUAAAAGAUGGAGCAAAACCCAAAAGGCAGGAUUCACCUCCAGCAAAGGUGAAAGCAGAACUUCCAGCAUCUCCUCUCUGCAAGAAUAAAUCACCUUCAUCUCUCGCUCCUGCCCCUCAUCCUCAUCAUCAGGACACAAAACCCAAAGCAGCGUCAUCAAAGCACCUUCACCAUCAACACCACCACCACCACCAUCAUUCGGACGGCAGGAUGAUGUCUUCCAGUGCAAAGUCCUCCUCUUCAGCUCCUAAAUCACCCAUCUCUAAGUCGUCCUCGUCUUUGUCGACUUCAGCUGUUACUCCUCUGCGCUCCUCUUUAACUGCUCCCAAUCCCUCCUCGACCUCUUCUCCACCUUCCUCCGUGUCCACCUCCGCUACAUCGACUUAUCCCAAGCCUUCAGUGCACUCGCAUCUCUCUACACUCCCUCCCUCCGGCGUCUCUUCGACUUCUCGACAACCUUCCUCCUCUCAGUCGGACCGUCCGAAAGACUCGCUCUGCCCGAACCCAGACGUCCCCUCAGACGCGCGGACGCAGUCAGAUUAUCGAGCGUCACACGGGUCCCCAGCUGUGGAUGUACAAACACACGGCGACACACGGACACACGCGGCAGCUCGAGCGGCGGCGGACUUACGGACGCAAGCGCUCCAAGAGAGGUGGAGUCACAUGGCGGACACCAGGACGUCUGUGGAUCCGCAGAUGCAUCACCCGCCGCAUGACGCCAUGAGGCAAGGGGUUUACAUGCAGCAAUACGCACCCCGGCAUCUCCUGCCUCCUCACCUCCCUCACAUGCUGCCCCCCUCUUUCUCCCAUCUCGCUCACAGACCUCCGGCCCUCCCCCAUAACCCGCUGUCCGGUCCCGCUCUCUCCACACAGCACCAACCCCUGAACUUGUAUCACAGCCAGAAAGCGCCGCCGCAUUCAGUUCACAUGAACCAGCUUCACCUGCAUCCGCCGCACCAACCAAACAUCGGCGCUCAGUCUCAGCCGUACUACCAGCCCCCCGAUCACCGCCCCCACCAACCGAACCCCCCUCACCAGCUCCCAGUCUCUCCCUCCCCACCUCUCUCACCAUCACCAGUUCGCCCAGCACGCCAACUCCUUCUUCCCCCUCAGCAUCCCCACCUUUCCCCUCACCACUUCCUCCCCCUCAGCCUUACCUCUCACAACCCCCCAGCCCUUACCCGCUACCACCGCAAUACCAGCCUCAGUCUUUCCCUCACCCGCCUCCUCCUCCUUCCUCCUCGCCGCCUCCCCCUCCUCCUCCUCUUCCCCCUCAACCUUCCCUUUCUGAGGAGCAGAAACAGGUUUUAUAGAAGUUUUUGUACAUAAUGAUGCCGUUUUUAAAUGACUGUAUAUGUAGAAAGGUUUUAUUUUGGUUGUGAUGUAAAAAGACAAUAACGCGGAAGACGUUGUGUGUGUCUUAGUUUAUGAAGUCGGACUUUUUUCACCUCAGACUUCUUGACUGGACUGAUUUUAGAUUGUACUGAACUCUUUGUGGAUCAGAAAUAUCGAGAAGUGAUUGCAUUCAAUGGUAGUUUUGAAUUUUCAGUCAUGUAUGGCUGAACCAGUUUGACUUUAAAGAAGAUAAUAUUCAAGAUCAAAGUUUGAAUGAGCUCCCUGGUCUGCCAAACUUCUGUCUGGUUCUGUUUUUUAAAGUGAGUUAUCAGAGGUAGGAAGGAAAAAAAGUAAUUUUUGUGUCAGAUAUUUAUAUUAAAAAAAGGUCACGAUGACCUUUUUUGUGAAACUUGCAGCUAAUGCUUCCAUUUUCGUGGCUUUUUUUCUAGUAUAUACUUUGUGCCCAAGACUGUUCGUGGAAUAAUGAUGGGUCAAAUUGUGAUAUUAUACAACACACUAUUGUAUUGAUGUAAUAUUACUACAUUUCCGCUACUAUAUUGUAUUGAUUCACCUCAAACAAUACGGUAUAUCGCAGUAUGUUUCCCUGAUAUUGUAUUUUGAGCAAUAAUGCUCCGCAAUAAUCUGCUGAAUAUAGAUACAAAUCCAUUUCCCCAUUUUUGUUCUAAUUUCAAAGCUAUUGAUAGAAAGCCAGUAGUGUCCUAUUGAAUCAUGGGAUUUAUCUAAUGAUUUCCAGUGUUUUAUUGCCCAGAAAGAAUACUAUACUCUUCUCAUACUAUGAGAUAUAUCACUCUCUUUCAAUUCAAUGCUUGAGCCAGCAGCCAGUAGUUUCAUAUUUACCACACAGACGCUCUGAGAAAAAGCAUAUACGCAUAUUUCCCCAAAUCUCAAACUACGCCUUGAAAGUAUUGCAAUUCUCUUGUACCUGUUGAGCUCUUAGUGUAAUUCUGCUGUGUUUUCCAGUGUCUGUUGGAUGUGUACCAGGGUCUCCUAAUUUUGGAAACAGAGCACUUGCUGUUCAGCCAAGGACAAAUUUGACCGAGCCAAGGCUGUUAAACAGACCGGCCUUCAGAGUCUCAGGAAAAGUAAAUACAGUCAGGACACAUCCACGAAUAUAUUGGUCUCCUAAAAACAAUCCACAAUCUUUAAGGUUGCUGUUCAGGGUCAAAUUUUCAAUCUUCAGCAUUAUAUUAGAACCUAUGCAGCUACUUUAAGAGCUUGCAAAAGGUUAACUUUUGACCUCACAAAGUUUGAAUAAGAAUAACCGAAUGAGCAGAGCAAUAUCAAUCAGAUGCAGUCAAGACUACCCAGAUGUAACAAAAUAAAAUGGAUGUAUCCACUGCUGUUUAAAUACACUUGAUAUUAUUGGAGAUACUAAUUAUGUCAGAUGAUCAACAGGAAACUUUCCGGUUCUUCCAAGACUCCUGUGUUAAUCAUUCAGGCCUCAGACAUCUAUGAUACAAUUGCUUUUAUUCUUUAUGGACAAAAAGCUCCAAGACACAGAAGGUACACUGUGGAGAAUUCAUUCCCAAAGCACUAUUUAUCUAUUUAACUGAAGUCCAGUUUCUCUCCAGUGUGGAGCGUCCUGUCUGUUAUGAUGUUUUAUUUAUUACCCAGGGACUGGAGUGACCUCUUGUGUUUUUACAAAGUACAAUAAAUUAUUGAAAUUCUGUUUUAGCGGCAACUAUGAAUUUAUCAAAGUGGUAAAUGUCUGAUUUUAGAUUCAAAUCGGUCUCACUUUGAUGUUAAAAACUUGAUUUUUAUUUUAUUUGUCAUUGAUGUCUUCAUUUUACUAUCAACAAUCGAGUAUAACCCACUUGCUAAUGUAGCCCACAACAUUUCCCCAGUGCCUGUCCUUAACUGUGAACUACUAAAUGGUCCAGAGCCGUUUAGAGAAGGAGUUCUGUCCUUAAAUGGGAAUCUUAGGAGUCAAAGAUUGAAGUUUUUCUCUGGAAAAAUGAGAGCAAAGCCUUAAAUUGGUCUCUAAAGCUGCUGAAAACUCUCCAAAUAUCUGCGGUGUAAAUUGGGAUGAUUCAAACUUUGUGGCACAGACGAUGUCCUAAAAGCAGGGUUGUGUUUUUGAUGAGUAAUUUCUCCGCCAGCAUGGAGAAUGAUGGAAAAUUAAACCUAAAACUUCAGCUCUCUUAGUCAGUUUGACUCUUAGGACUUCGUUUCAGAGACAGAACUCCUCCUCUGUGGCUUUGAGGAGAGCGAGGUGAUACCAAGCACUUGAUGCCAGUUGCAAAGCGCUCUGCAGCUUUUUUUAUGCUUUUGGGUUUCAGAUGUUACACAAAAAAAACCUGACAUGAACUUCUAUAUUUUUUGUACAAAUGCGACUAAAUUAAGGUUGAAAACAAAAGAAGUUUUCAUGGGCUGGCGUUGUUUUCACAGAGUUUAUUUAUCUCAAGAUUUUUAGGUUUUUUUUAAUUCUGUUUUAUUUCUGUGAUUUUUAACUGUCAGCACUGGAGUGUACAUACGAUGUUUUGUAAAGAGGAAAAAUAACUUGUAGUGUGGUUUCUACUUUAAAUAUGAGCCUAGCUAAUAAAUGGUUCAAUGUAUGG